CAAACAAGAUCUGGCCAAAGCACUUUGAUUUAUCUCCCCUGGUGUCCCCCUGAUCAUUUCAGGCUGCACCCCAUGUUAUUCUAGAGCCCCUUUUUCCCUUUUUAAUCACGCUGAAACUAUAUAAAAAAAACAGGGGGAUCAUUAACUUUUGCAUUUAGAUUAUGGAAGCUUGCAAAAGAAAGCAGCCCAUUCCAUUUAACCCUCAAAUUCAGUAGGGGCGACUGCUGCUUCUUCCCCUGGCUAUCAUAGGGUUAACAAAUACGCAGAACUGUGGUCACACAUUUUGUAUGGCACAGUUUGCCCCAGAACACGUUGUUUGCCUGCCUCUUGCACAAGCUCUAAGAUCCUACCAAGGUCACUCCCCUAGAGAAUGUCUCAGGAACCAAGGAUCAAACUGGUGGUCACAGGAGAUGACUUUGGUUACUGUCCACACAGGGAUAAAGGAAUUGUGGACUGUUUCCAUGCUAAGGCUAUAACAAAUGUGUCUCUUAUUAUAAAUGGCAGCUCUGCUGCUAGUGCAGCCAGCCUAGCUCAGAGAUAUAAUAUCCCGAUUGGCUUGCAUGCCAAUCUCUCAGAGGGAUUCCCAGUGUGUACAGAGCUCAAGCAGAAUUCCUCCUUGAUAAAUGGCCAGGGUGUUUUUCAUGGCAAAAUGGGAAUCAGGAAAAUGUUAUCUCAAGGUCUUCUUGAUAUGUCUGAGGUCAGAAAGGAGCUAUGUGCACAGAUCAAGCUUUUCUGUGAGCUGACUGGGAUAAACCCGCAACAUAUGGAUAGCCACCAACAUGUCCAUGUGCUUCCAGGAAUUCGGGAGGUGUUUGCGCAAGUACUAGAGGAACAUAGGAUUCAUUUUACUCGAAUUCCUGUGGAACUUGGUCUGCACAGGUGUACCUGGUUACCUGACACAUUGAUGGAGUUUUAUAAAGGGGUAGAGGAGGAUGCCCUUAAUGCAAUUGAGGUUUUCAGGAGCCAUAGAAUUCGGUGGCCUGAGCUUUACAUUGGCUUAAGUACAAUGGGGAAGAACAUGUCAACAUAUAAUAUACAGGAAGCCAUCAGAUAUGGGGUCUGUUCCUGGCAAAGCACUAUUGCUACACUACCUGACAUCACCAACAGUGUGAGCAUUGAGCUGAUGACCCACCCAGGAUACCCUAGUAUUCCUGAAGAUGGAGGAUGUGGAGAGGGACCAGAUGAUUUCUCCCAGUCUCUAGACCGUCUACAUGAGUUGGAGGUGCUGAAGAGCACAUCAUUGCAAAGUUUCUUCCUAGGAAAUGGAGUGCAGCUGUGCACAUUUAGAGAUCUGUGAUUUUACAACAAAUAUGUACUGACAUAAAUGACUUAAAUCAAACGUUGAUGUUAAAUAAAAUUCUAUAUUUAUAGAUAUAUUUAAAUAAAUGUCAGUUUGUUUGCCA